GGCUGCGCAGCACCUUUAGAAGAAGAAGGAAAAGAAGAAGGAUUGUGUGUGUUCUACCAUGGCGCUCCCAGACCCAACGCAUUUACUCUCCGGAGCGAAUGACUUCGAGGAAGCGUUGGAGGAUGCUGUAAAAAUGAGCUCGCAGCUGACCACCUACGGCAUCCUCCUGAUCGUCUCGGGAGCUUUCGUGUUGCUGAUCCUCUCCCUCGUCCUCAUCUCCACACUUAUCCCAUCAGGAGAUCAAGACAACAAGACCUUGCGCGCGAUGAUCCCCGUGGUGGUGCUGCUGCUUAUGGCCCUGGUGGCGUUCGUCGUCCUCACGUUUGCCUUCGAUGCCGAUUUAUUCGCCAACAAAACGAUCGGUUUGCGCUACCCGGCUUCUGGAGCUCGAGGAGCAUAUCCUCCUGAGAACCAGACUUCGACCGUGGGGAGCUCGUUGAUUCCGGUGACCGAAGAUGUGAAGAAUGUGCAAAACGCCACACCAACACCAACGACCACGACAGCAACGAUACCUAGCGCUGUUCUGUGGCCUUUCCCUAAGCGUGAUAUAUGCAGCGAUAGCUCGCCUUGUAAUGAGCAGUGUAUCGGCAAUUUAUUUACAGAGCCAUGGCCAAUGCCUGACCCAGGCCCAUGGCCACUUCCUGGACCAAAUCCAUGGCCGAUGCCUGAACCAAAACCACGGCCAAUGCCUGGGCCAAACCCAGGGUCCGACAGCGAGCCAGAGCCGUGGACAGUGACUGAUCCAGCUCCGUGGCCGAUGACUGAGCCAAAACCUUGGCCAAUGCCCGUGCCACACCCACGGCCCAUGAGCAAGCCAGACCCAUUUCCAAUGACUGUGCCAAAACCGCGGCCAAUGCCUGAGCCAAACCCAGGGCCCAUGAGUGAAAAAACUUCGCGGCCAAUGACUCAGCCAACGUCAUCGCCCAUGCCUCAGCCAGCCUCCUUGCCACUGCCUGGGAGAGACCCACGGCCGAAGACUAAGCGACCAUCAACGAUAAUGCCUCCUCCAGCCUCAUCGCGGUUGCCUAAGCAAGGCCCAUCGCAUUUAUCAUCAUCACAAAGCCCUGAGGAUAGAAAAAUUCAAAUAAAUCAAUAAAAAUGGCGUUUGAAACUUGUUUUUUCCAUGUGAGACGGGGGAGAGGUGGACGAGUGAGGCCGUCCUAUCAGGCAAGCUUUGCGGCGUUACAUUGUCCUGUGAUACUGAAAGUAAUAUCAUUAGUAGACACCGGAAGUUUAGGCAAUAAUAAAUGUUACUUUAGGCACCUAUAACGUGCACUCAUUCUGCCAUUUCAGGCCCGUAUAGGCGCCAAAUACUCUCGUACAGGCUCUAUUAUGAGAACUUUCACUGUGCGUUUGUGGAUAAAUUAGGAUAUUGCGUUAUUGAAGUUAUAGUUUACAGGAAUUACGAUUAGGAACUGAUACUUAACGUCUUUGAACUCAAAGAACUUCCACUCAUAAUUUUUGUAGAUUUUUCCAAGGCAUUCGACAGCAUAAACCACGAAAUAUAACUUUGACUUGACUUUUACGGAAUCCGUGACAUUAUUCUCUGAAUUAUUACGUCAUGAGUUCUCUCUCGCUAUCAGCAAGAGCUAGAAAAUAAUCUUUUACCUGACCUUUAACGCAUUACGGCUAUUUUCUCCCAAGGAAGCAUUUCGGGGCCAUAGCUGUUCUAUAAAUUAUUCACAUUGUCCUUUGAUUGCUCUUCGCCGUUUUUUAUUUGUUCACUUGCGUUGGAGCCUUGAUUUGUAUUUUGCAAUUUACAUACUUACGUUACGUUUCGAUGUUCACUUGCUUAGUAGUCCUGUUCCUUAAUUGUUUGCUUGUACUUUCACCGUAAUAACUACAACCCCCUUACUCAAUGCCCUCUGGGCCUGUAAGAAAUUUUAAAUAAAUAAACAAAUAAGUUUAUAAUUUCUGCUGAUGACACUAGUUUAUUUUUUAGUGUACCUAAUACGUUAGAGCAUAAAACAUUCUACGUAUUCUAAAGCUACUGCACGAUUGGUCCAUAUAUCUAAUUCUUACUAGUAAAUUUUGUCAAUACCAAGGCCGUCCUUUUAUAGACCUCCAUAAGAACCAAACAUCUCAUUCAAAUAUGAUACUAAACACUGACCCCUGCGUUGUACAACUUGUUCCCGAAGUAAAAAAUCUUGCCUUGUUUUUUAGGAACAUUUAUAUUAGAAUAUUCAUGUACAGAUGGUUCCCAACAAGGUGGCAAAAUUAUCACACAUGUUAUCAAGACUGUGUUACCUGAUGCCUCAACACAUUCAAAAUAUUUUAUAGAUCAUCUGUUUUACUCAAUUAUUAGUUACUGCUUCUUAGUUUGGGGCACUACCAAUUUGCCACUGCCAAUUUAGAAGUGUGUUAUUCGUCAUAUUCUCUGUAUGCCGCACAGGCUUUUCUAAUGCUCAGCAUAAUUCCAAUCAAAGACCAAUAUAAUAGCAUACUAGUAAGAAAAUACAAAUUAGGAGUGAUGAAGGCAACUAAUUUACUACAACAAUGGCAAACUUGACACACAAACACGUACCAUAAGCACAACACUCGCACAGGCAGCCAUUGAUUCAUAUCAGAACUCCGUACUAACUAUGGUCGCAAAAGAUUAUGAAAUAACUCGCCUCCUGUGAUUUACAAUGUACGCGAUCUUCACAAAAAACACGAUGAUGACUGUGCGCAUUUACACCGUUUUGCAAUGUAGUUGAUUUCUGUGUGCAAAGUAAUUAAGUGCCUAUAUAUAGAAAUGCUUCUUUUUUCUAUAUACCUUGCCUAAAUGGUAUGGCAGCUGUUGUGUAUAUAUUAUUAUGCAUAUUUGUGGGUUUGCUUAAGUCCCUGAAGAGCCCAAGUAUCUGCAGAGGCGUAGACCUCGUUCGAAGCCUUUGCAUAGGCUGUUUGUCGGAGUCCCUCGA